ACGCAAGGAACUAGUCAGUGUAUCGCCCAAAUACAAGUCAUUAGUAUACAUUUAUCUAUAUUUCUUGUUUUUCUUCCUAAGUAUAGCUAUCGUUUAUUUCUAUAUAAAAAUAAAGAUACAUAUACAUGAACAAAAGUAUGGAUUGUAAACAAGGACCUGUGUUGUCUUUUGAACAAGGACAAAUUAAAGGUGUCAUAGAAACAAAUAUUGAUAAUAAAGAAGAAUAUUUUGCUUUUCGUGGAAUACCUUAUGCGAAACCGCCUAUCGGUAAACUAAGAUUUCAAGAUCCAUUACCACCUGAGAAAUGGAUUGGAAUAAGAGAUGGAUCCAAGUUUGGUAACGUGUGUGCUCAAAUAGACAGAGUAUCAAAUGAAGUAAUAGGAAGCGAUGAUUGUCUGUAUUUAAACGUUUAUACACCGUUGAUUGAGUUGUCUGCGAAACUGACAGUAAUGGUAUGGAUCCAUGGUGGUUGUUUUUAUAUGGGAUCAGGAAACGAUGAUAUGUACAAGCCAGAUUAUAUCGUUCGAAAGGACGUAAUCCUUGUCACGAUCAAUUUUCGACUUGGUAGUUUAGGAUUUCUCAAUCUAGAAGAUGAAGUUGCAUCAGGUAAUCAAGGUUUAAAGGACAUCGUAAUGGCAUUACGUUGGGUUAGAAAAAAUAUUGCAGUAUUUGGUGGAGAUCCUGAGAACGUGACUAUAUUUGGUGGAAGCUCUGGGGCAGCAAUGGUUCAUUACUUAACAAUGUCACCAUUAGCAGAUGGAUUAUUUCACAAGGCUAUAGCGCAAAGCGGCUUAGCUACCAACUUUUGGGCUUCAAUGCUCGUUGAAGCCAGGAAAUACGUUUAUCAAUUAUCCAGUAUGUUAGGUUUUAAAUCUUUCGAUUCCAAAGCUAUCGUUGAUUUUCUUCAAGAAGUUAACUUAGAAAAACUCAUUAAAUAUCAAUACAAAAUCAUAUCUUCCAUGAAAGAUAAAUCAGUUUUUUCGGCCUUCCUACCAGGAGUAGACAACAAAUCAAAAAAUCCAUUUUUACUACUACCACCGACAAUAGCUGUGAAAUUUGGCAUUAAAGUCCCAUUUAUGUUUGGUUAUAACGACAUGGAAUCAUCUUUUUUUUUCGGCAAUAGCAACUUGGCUAGUAGGUUCAUCAAAAGAAUAGAUAAUUCAAUCUGUGAUUUCGAAAAUUUUCUAUCACCUGAUUUGUUGAAUAAACUGAAAGAAAGGACUCUAACAGUUAAUGAAUUUAAAAGCUUGUAUUUCUCUAAGAAAUCAUUAAACGGUGAGCCAACUGAAAAUAUAAUUCAGUUUUUAAACGAUUUUUAUUUCUUACAUCAUAUUUUCGAAUUGGCAAAAAUCUUGCCGAUUGUUAACAAAUGUUCCUCAUACUUAUAUAAAUUGUCUUACAACUCCGAGGAACCGUCUUUCAUGAAAACUAUUAUGAAUAUUGAUAUAAAAGGAGUUACUCAUGGGGACGAAUUGAAUUAUUUGUUCUAUGGAACUCAUCUUAACGCAUUAAAUUUGAAACCAUAUCGUCCUGGUACAUCUAGCUACAAAGUAAUGGAUUGUGUUACACAAUUAUGGACUGAUUUUGCUAAAACUGGAAAUCCAACACCAAAAACUACAGAGCUUAUUCCGAUUUUAUGGAAACCUUUGGAAAAAAAUUCGAACAUGUACGAUUACCUUAAUAUAAAUGAACAAUUACAAAUGGAAAGUAUUCCAAAAGGUGUACAACGAUUCGAGUGGAACUCAAGGAUAAACAAUAAAUUAUAAUUAAAAAAAAAUAAAUAUUGUGGUAAUUAGUAAACAUGCAAUUUAAAUAAAAUAAUAU